GCCGGUCGCAGACGGAAGCGGAAGCGGUGCUCUGUCCUUCCCCUCUGCCACUCAAUUCUAUGGUCUUGGGCUUCCGUUUCCUGUUCUCGUCGCGAUGGCGCGCGCAGGGCCCCUCCGGCGCUCGUAGCUGCUCUUCCCCUCCCCCCCAUUCUCCCUUCCCCCUCCCCCCUUUUCCCUCUUAUGGCGGCCCCGCACCCCGACAAGCUGGAGGGGGGAGUCGGCCCAGCUCCGCCUGCUCCGGGUCCGCCGCCUCCUCCGCCAGGGAACAUCUCCACAGGGCCAGGCCGCAAGCAGGGCAAGGCCGGCCUUCAAAUGAAGAGUCCCGAGAAGAAGCGCCGCAAGUCCAAUACACAGGGCCCUGCCUACUCCCACCUCUCGGAAUUCGCUCCCCCUCCCACGCCCAUGGUGGACCACCUGGUGGCAUCAAACCCCUUUGAGGAUGACUUCGGGGCCCCCAAAGUUGGCUCUGCCUCCGCACCUUUCCUCGGCAGCCCCGGACCCUUUGGGAACUUCCGCAUGCAGGGGGCGAUGGGGCCGCAGGUGCCACCCGGCUACGGCGGGGGCCCACAGCCCAUGCGGAGGCAGCCGCCCCCUUUUGGACCAGGCCAGAUGGGUCCCGCCUUCAACAUGCCUCCCCAGAACCCCGGGUACGUGCAGUCCGGAGGGAUGGGCUUUGGCGGCCAGCCCUUUGGCCAGCCCCUGGGGCAGAACUUCAGCCCCCCUGGGGGGCAGAUGAUGCAGGGCCCCAUGGGCGGCUUCGGCCCCAUGAUCUCCCCCACCAUGGGGCAGCCUCCGCGUGGAGGCGACAUGGGUCCGGGCCCCAACCUAAACCCCCCCGGGGGCCCCCCGAUGGCCCAGCGCUUCAACCAGCCAGGCAACCUGUUCGGACAGUCCCCCAUGCAGCGGCCCAACCCGAACCUCCCCAACCUGCCCCCCAACCCCAGCUCCUUCCCUGGGCCUGACCCUGGUUUCCCCCCUGGCGGCGGCGGCGGCGAAGACACGGCGGGGGGGAAGCCGCUCAACCCGCCUCCCAGCACCUUCAGCCAGGAGCAGCACAGCGGUUCGCCGGCAGCCAUCAACGGCACCCAGCCCCCGUUUGCGCCCAACAGCACGGGGCACGGCGGGGGCGGCACUCCCGAGGCCAACAGCCUCCCGCCCUCCAGCAAGGCUUCCGGGAACUCGGGCCACCAGCCCCCGCCCGGCCUCGUGUACCCCUGCGGGGCGUGCCGCAGCGAGGUCAACGACGACCAGGACGCCAUCCUGUGCGAGGCCUCAUGCCAGAAGUGGUUCCACCGGGAGUGCACGGGGAUGACCGAGAACGCCUACGGGCUGCUGACCACCGAGGCCUCGGCCGUCUGGGCCUGCGACUUCUGCCUGAAGACCAAGGAGAUCCAGUCGGUCUACAUCCGAGAGGGCAUGGGGCAGCUGGUGGCCGCCAACGACGGCUGAGCCUCCGCCGCCACUUCCCUCUGCCUGGGCAUCAGAGGUGGUAGCAUUCCUGCUCUGCACCACUAGACACUCUUCGGCUUUGUCCGUGGAUUCUGCAGACUGUCCAAGGAACACGGGUAGCACAUUUUCAAAGCCUCCCGGUUAUUGAAAGAAUUGGGUGGGAGGGGAGGACAGAGUCUUUGACCUUCUGUGACCUCCGGAACCUGGAGCUGUUCUUCCUAAGCCUUCCAGCAUUCCGUCUCUUCCUCCUCCGCCUUCUUUACAGCUGCUGCUGCAUUUUGAAGCCACAGAACAGCCUGUCUUGGGCAGCAGAUAUCCAGCAGACGGCAAUUUAGCAUAAACUGGAGAGCGGUUACUACCACGAUUUGGACCAUUUUCUUCACUGGGGGCGUCUAUGCUCUCUCUUCUGCUGGCGUUUUCUUAGAAGAGGACCACCACCCCCUCUCCUCAAAUGCAGCACAGUUCCCUCAGUUUCCCAUUUUCCUAGAACUACUGCCAGGUGCGAGUCUGCCAAAGCCUGGACCCUGUGGGGAGGGUUGGUAUUUUGAGGGUUGACAGGCCCUCAAGUAACGGAGAACAGACCCACCCCUGCCCUGAACCUCUUUCAGAGGACAUUUCAAGAGAGCCAUGCAAGAGGAAACACUCUUGGACAUCUUUUUUGGUUUUUUAAAUUUUUUACUUUUAAAAACAAAUUGGCGGGUUUGUGUUUUUUCUCCCUUAGACCCAGACCUUUUUUUGUACUUGUGUGUGUUUUGGUCAAGUGGUUACUGGUGUGAUUUUGAUAAUUGUUUUCUUUAAAAAAAAUCUGUUUUGUCCUGCUGGACUUUUUGAAAAGAAGGGAAUCUGGGGGAGUAGGGAAUCAUUGCUGUACAUAUAUAUAUAUAUAUAUAUAUAUACAGACACAUACAGCGUCUCUCUCACUCUCUUGGUUUUUAUGUGAACGUAUUAAAAGAAAUUUUUUGUACCAUGCUGUUAUAAACUCAAUUUGAAAGCUGGUGGGAGGGAGCAAUGGCCUGGUUGCUUAUACCAGGGGUUCCCAACAAAAUUUUCUCAAGGACCCCUCAUCGAGCCGCUAUUGUGACAAGGACCCCCAUUAAUUCCUAAUCCUAAAUCUAAUUCCUAAUUCCUAAUCUGAUUUUUCCAGUAAGCUUAACACUGAUCUUGGAAGGGUUAGGUUCAAGGGACGCCAACGAUUUAGGUUCAAUGGACACUGACAAGAUCGGUUCGAGAGUCACUGACUUACUUGCUUGAACAUCAAAUGCAUUAUCUUCCUCUUCAUCUGUAGGCCUUUGUCGUUUUAACGAACCACUUUUUAACCAACGGUCCAUUUUUAGCUACGCGAACUGUAGUUUCCGCGAAAAACGCUUUGUUUACAAACACUACUGUUUUGCAAAGAGGCAGCGCGCACCAGGGAGGAGGGAGGGGAAUUGAGAAGACAGGAUACCUGUGUAGUAGCGCACAAAUGAAGCCGACGCGCGCAAAGCAUCUUGGGGAGGUGAGCGUUAGUAGAAUGCGCGCACUGCCUCUUUGCAAAACAGUAGUGUUUGUAAAGUGCCACCUAACUGCAUACAGCAGAACUACUGCCUCUAUCUAAUUCUAGUUUUGCGCUAGACUCUGCUCAUGCAGGAAGCGGCCAAAACAAAAAAUCUGUUAUCAUACGAAAUAUAUUUAAUAUAUUUUUUAUUCUAAUAGCAGCUUGCGGACCCCUCUGGCAUAGCUCGCGGACCCCUGGGGGUCCCCGGACCACCUGUUGGGAACCACUGGCUUAUACAUUCAUGUGUGUAUGAAUUAGUGGUAACAUACGAAGGGCCUUGCCGGAUCAGGCCAGUGGCCCUUCUAGUCCAGCAUCCUCUUCUCCCAGUGGCUGGCCAGAUGCCUCAACGGGAAGCUCACAAGCAGGAACUGAGUGCGACAGCAACUCUCCCUGCUUGCGAUUCCUGGCAGCUGGUAUUCAGAGGCAUAUACCGCCUCCCCCUUCCGAAACCCUUCAGAGCUGCUGCCAGUGUGGGCCGUAUUGAACUAAAUAGGCCAGGGGCCUGCCUUUGUAGAUGGCAACUCCCUUUGUGUACUGUAGGAAAUGGGAUGCUUGAUUAGAGAGACAACUGAUCUGAUCCUGUUGGAAUAAGCACACAAAGAUAAUUUACAGACCAGACCUUCAUGCCCUUGCUCUAUUUUUCUGACCCCAAACAUGCUGGCUGAGCGUCCCCUCCACAUGCCAAAGCCACAAAAAUGCCCAGUUGGACAAUCCAAGGCUUGAAAGAACAGAGUCUACUGAGACGCACCCCCCC